AUGCAUCGACGGAGGUUGCAACAACUUGAUGAUGAGGAAGUUGAAGAUAAAGAACUAAUCAACACUGUGAUGCUCAUACAUUUAGACCAAAUACCUAGAGUUCACAAGAAGAUAUACAUAUCUAGGGAGGGAAUGGUUCCACCAGAAUCUGAUGCACAAUUAUUUUCUUCCCAAUUGUGUGUACUCGAUCAUGUUUUCAACGUCGAUUCCGCAUUGCCCCGGUACCUGGUGAUAAAGAUUAUUAAUGAGCUUUGUCCAGUAGAACCUAAAUUUAAUUAUCAUCUUAAUGCACUAAAUAUUAUAGGCCAUAGUCAUGAACAAAAAGUUACUUCGGCUCUAAGGAUUCUAGAUUACGGCAAACCAGCAGAUACGAGCGAUGAGUACCUUCGAUGGAGAGAUCACCCCAAUUUCAGCUAUGCGAAUACGCAAGCAGCAGCUCCAGGGAUGCUUUUUAAUCGCCUUAGUGGUUUCCAACAAAAACCACAACCAGUGCAGAACUCAGAAUCAUCAGAGAUGCUUGCUAUGAUGAAGAAUCUAACCACAAUGGUGCAAAACAAUCAGCAAACGACUGAUGAUGCAAUCAAGGAGUUGCAGACACAAAUGAGCACCAUGGCAGGUAGAUUGAACCUUUUGGAGACGCAAAAUAGUGUGAAACUCCCUUCUCAACCUAUUAAUCCUAGAGAAACUGUUAAUGUUGUAACAUUGAGAAGUGGUACACGAACUGUGCAACCAGAAGAUGCUGAGAAAAGCAAAGACCCCAAGGGGACGGUUUUGGAGAAAGAUAUUACUGACUCUUCCCAAGCCGAUGAGGUACCUAAAACAAACUCUAAACCUCUUGUUUCAACUUAUGUUCCUCCUUUACCUUUUCCUCGCAGGUUCGACAAUGCUAAAAAGGUGGAACAAGACAAGGAGAUUUUAGAUAUAUUCAAAAAGAUUCAUGUGAAUAUCCCGCUGAUAGAUGCAAUUAGGCAAGUUCCUAAGUACACAAGAGUUUUGAAAGACCUAUGCACUAGGAAGAAACGAUUAACCGGUAAUGAGGUGAUGAGUGUGGGGGAAAACGUUUUUUCUAUCCUCCAAAAGAAACUCCCACCUAAAUGCAAGGAUCCUGGUAGUUUCGAUAUACCUGUUGUGAUUGGUAAUAAAAUAUUUGGAAAAUCCAUGCUUGAUUUAGGAGCAUUGUUUAAUGUUAUCCCCGCAUCUAUUUAUGAGUCUUUUAAUUUGGGUCCUUUGAAAGAAACCCGUAUUGUUCUUGAACUAGCUGAUCGUACUAAUGUUUACCCUAUUGGUAUUAUUGAAUAUGUGCUUGUGCAGGUGAAUCAAUUCGUAUUUCCAGCUGAUUUAUGUGUAUUGGAAAUGGAUAGCGGGUAUGAUGCAUCUAUACCGCUGUUAUUGGGGAGGCCUUUCAUGAAAACGGCCAAAACCAUAAUGGAUGUUGACAAAGGAACGCUCACGAUGAAAUUUGAUGAUGAAAAGAUUCGUUCCAAUAUUUUUGGAGCAAUGCGGUAUCCUUGCGACGUUCAUUCGGAUGUUCAUGCUAAUAUCUUAGACGCAGGCUAA